AUGCCAACACCUAGGUCUUCCACGGGAGCAGCACAUAUACCCGGUGUUGGUGACAUAGUUGUUGGUGGAUAUACAGUGACUGGGCCGCAUCUCAACAAAGCGGAAAUCUUUUUGACAACUUCAUCGCCCCUUGGACAUGCAGGCAGUUGGUGUGAAAUCACACCCAUGCUUCAUUCGAGGUCUCGUCCAACAUCAGAAUUUUUCAAUGGAAGUGUAUACGUCGCUAGUGAUUUGUUAAAUUCAAUUUCUUCUGUGGAGAUGUUGUCCUUAUUUACUGAAGGACCUCCCCAGUGGACCGAAGUGAUUAAGCCCACUUUUAAGCUAGACUCGUCGAUCUCCUUUAAUGGGAGCCUUUUGUUUGGUUUGAGGUCUUCAUUUACUAUGAAUAGUCGACGUUUACAUAAUUGGCGUUCUGUUGGUAUUGCUUUGAUGAAAUCAGAUGCUGAUGCAUACGAGGGAAUUCGGGCAGAAAUGAUCGAUUGUGCCCAAAUAAUUCAUAUGCCUGAAGCACCUUUCACCAAAUACUUUUUGCUAGCCAGACAGGAAUUCACCUGGAAAAGGAAAUUCUUCACUAAAGCUUCAGCUCAACUCACUGAUGUGUCAAUGUCUCUUGGUCGCAAAUCCUCCAUACUUGAAAUGCCCAUGCACAGAGAUCGGUGCUCUUUGAUACCAACCAAGGUGUAUAUGACCAAAGUUGAUGUGGUUUUUGAUGUGAAGGACCUGAAGGAAGUGGGAAUUCAGUGUGGUGAUGAAGUCUAUGUUGCUGGUGUUACAGCUUCUAAACCAAAAUAUAUUGACGAUAGCUAUGGCCAUUUCGAACGCGCACAACUGAACCAGAAGGCCACAAACCUUCUGAAUCAAAGUGGCAAUCUAAGGGAAAUUCACUCAACUUUGUCAUCCUUGGUUUCACAACCUCGGUUACGAAUGGGAAGUGUAUUGGGAACUCCUAUUCGUUUCGCUGGGCCAUUAAUCUCCCAACAGCCAAUGACUGCCAUAAUCAAUCAAUCUCCUAUAAUGACAUGUGAGUGUGGCCGUCAAUACACGGUCGGUGAACUAGAACGACAACUAAUUUCAAUGGAAUUUGAUGCAUCAGAAGCGUUAGGACGCGUGGAUUUUCAAUUCUCAACAAAUAAGCCCUUACGACAUAUAACCACAACCUUCAGUACGUUCAGUUCUCAAGACAGAGUUGCUGCAGAAGCAUCCAGAAUUACCUCUGCCCACAUUGGUGAGGGUGGAAGACAGUUCACAUUCACAGAACUCAGUAACCCGCCUAUUAUCACUUCUCAAUAUUCACCAUCUGCAAGGCCCUUAGAGCAGUCUGGUAUUCGAUGCAAUUGUGGACGUCAUUUUGCAGCAAGAACUGGGAAAAAAUCAACAUUCACUUGUGAUUGUGGACGACAGUAUGGUGGUAUCAGCAUGCCUCCUUUAAGUAAUCAGAAAUGUACCUUUCCACAGUGGAGGAAACUCCCUCCAAUGACAACUCGUAGGUAUGGCACAGGAGCAGCACAUAUACCCGGUGUUGGUGAUUUAGUUUUUGGUGGGUAUAUGGAAACUGGAGAUGAUUCACGGGGUGUCCACAACGCAGAAAUCGUUUUGACAACUUCAUCGCCUCUUGGGUAUGCAGGCAGUGGGUGUGAAAUCGCUUACAUGCUUCAGUCGAGGGCCUAUCCAAAAGCAGAAUUUUUCAAUGGAAGUGUAUACGUCGUUGAAAUCGUUUUGACAACUUCAUCGCCUCUUGGGUAUGCAGGCAGUGGGUGUGAAAUCGCUUACAUGCUUCAGUCGAGGGCCUAUCCAAAAGCAGAAUUUUUCAAUGGAAGUGUAUACGUCGUUGGUCCUCCUGCAAUCCUCUCUUCACCUCCAAAUGUCCCCAUCUCCUUUCCACUAGCUGAGUCUCUAGCUCUCACCCUUUCUCAUCAGAAUAACAAUCUUCAUUCUUCUUCGAUUUCCAGACUAGUUCAAUUAAGGAACAAAUUAAUUGAAGCUUCAGUCAACCCUUUCCCUAAAUGA